AUGGAAGCUAACAAAGAGAAAAUUCGGUAUAUUUUACAAUUUUGCUUUGAUAAACGCGAAAAUGCAAGCCAGGCGGCUGAAAUGGUCAAUAGUGUUUAUGGUCCCGAUACUGGCACAGCCAAUUACGCGCGAUUUUGGUCUCGUGGAUUCCGUUCCGGUAUUUUCGAUGUUAAAGAUGCACCUCGCACAGGUAGGCCAAUCGUCGAAAAUGUCGAUAAAAUCAUGGAAGUGAUCGAAGUAGACCGACAUGUUAGCAGUCGUAGUAUCACCCAGGAGCUAAAGAUCGAUCACAAAACAGUUUUAAACCAUCUUCAUAAAGCUGGAUUCAAGAAGAAGCUCGAUGUUUGGGUGCCACACGAAUUGGCGCAAAAAAACUUGAUGGUUUCCAUCUGCGAAACCUUGGUGAAACGGAACGAAAUCGACCCAUUUCUUAAACGGAUGGUGACUGGGGAUAAAAAAUGGGUCACAUACGACAAUAUUGUGCGAAAACGAUCGUGGUCAAAGCGCGGUGAAGCAACUCAAACGGUGGCCAAACCAGGAAUAACCGCCAGGAAGGUUUUGCUGUGCAUUUGGUGGGACUGGAAAGGAAUCAUCUACUAUGAGCUGCUUCCAUAUGGUCAAACACUAAAUUCGGACCUCUACUGUCAACAAUUGGACCAUUUGAAGCUAGCGAUUGACCAGAAGCGGUCGCAAUUGGCCAACAGGAAAGAUGUUGUGUUACAUCAGGACAACGCCAGACCAUAA